AUGAGCAAGGAACACCGCAUCAGGGACAUCCUCCCCAUCUCGUUGAGGUUACCCCAGGCCGUCAACAAGGCAACGAAGAAAGAAGAGCUGGAGGUCAUCUCAGCCUUGGGUGCAGAUUUCUGGGCGUCUGAUGUGAACCAGAAGGACCGGGAUGUCCCGGUUCAGCCCGACACAUACCUGUACAUAAACCCAGUCGCCGUGGAGGAGCAGCCCAACAAAAACCCAAACCUCGCCUCCUCCACCUCCAGGGCUAACCCCAUCAACAGCAAAAUCAUUGCCUCCUCUCUGCAGAACGGAGAACCCUCCAAGAAACCGAGCAUGCAGGGCAAAGGGCCGACUCAGACCAGCCUGGAGGCUCCGGAACCUGAGCGAAACGAGGAAAGAGGCGAGAAAGACGAGAAGAAGCCAACAUCACCUCCUCCAUCGAGGCCUCCUGUGCCCCUGCAGGCGCGAGCUGCUCCCCCUCUGCCCCCUGCUCCUCUGCACCGCACCUCCUCCUCCUCCAGGAAAAGCUCGGUCAAAGAGAACAUUUUCAAACUGAUAUCCUUCUACUGUGUCAGCAGGGACAUCCUCCCCAUCUCGUUGAGGUUACCCCAGGCCGUCAACAAGGCAACGAAGAAAGAAGAGCUGGAGGUCAUCUCAGCCUUGGGUGCAGAUUUCUGGGCGUCUGAUGUGAACCAGAAGGACCGGGAUGUCCCGGUUCAGCCCGACACAUACCUGUACAUAAACCCAGUCGCCGUGGAGGAGCAGCCCAACAAAAACCCAAACCUCGCCUCCUCCACCUCCAGGGCUAACCCCAUCAACAGCAAAAUCAUUGCCUCCUCUCUGCAGAACGGAGAACCCUCCAAGAAACCGAGCAUGCAGGGCAAAGGGCCGACUCAGACCAGCCUGGAGGCUCCGGAACCUGAGCGAAACGAGGAAAGAGGCGAGAAAGACGAGAAGAAGCCAACAUCACCUCCUCCAUCGAGGCCUCCUGUGCCCCUGCAGGCGCGAGCUGCUCCCCCUCUGCCCCCUGCUCCUCUGCACCGCACCUCCUCCUCCUCCAGGAAAAGCUCGGUCAAAGAGAAUCUGCUGGGUGAGAAGGCCGGGCAGGAGACCAGCAGGAGAGACGAGGUGGACCUGAAGGCGGUGAAGGAGGACAAACUGAAGUCCCAGGGACCACUGUUGGUCAAGAAACCGUCUCGACCCAUCCCCCCGCCCAGGACGAAACCAGCAAACUCACCUGUGUGCUCCAGCCAGGUAGGAGGAGGAGCUUCAACCAAUCAGAGCGCAGAGACGAAACCUCCGCCUCCAUCCCCGAGACGCCCGGAUGUGUCACUGUACUCGCCACAGGGGGGCGGAGCUCUGGGGCCCAACCAGGACCCCUGCUCCACCAGCAGUACCGAGGAGGAGGGAGAGACCAAUCAGGAGCAAGAAACAAACAACAGGACCCCUACAGAGAGCCGCAGCUCUAAACCAAUCGUCAAGCGGACCCCCACAGUCAUGCUGGACCGAGCCCGGCAUCGCCUGUCCACCGUCCUCACCGGACUCAUCUACCACGACGGCCGGCUCACCAAACGCAUCGCAGAGCUGGCCCGGGACCCCAUGAGCUACUUUGGUAACCUGGUGAAACACCACCGGGCCUUCACCCUGGAGACCAUGUCCAACCACUUGACCUCCACAGAGCUGCUGCAGGAAAUCCGGCAGAUGAUGACGCAGCUGAAGAGCUACCUGCUGCAGAGCACGGAGCUGCAGGUCAUAAUGGAGCCGAAGCAUCAGUACACGCAGGACAAGCUGGAGAGCAUCAUCGUAGGGGCUCUGUGUAAAAGCGUUCUGAAGCCGCUGAAGGAGCCGAUCUACAAGAGUCUAGAAAAACUGCACGUCUGCACUGGCAGUAUGGAGAUGCUGGCCCAGAACCAGUCUGUCGUUCUCGGCAGCACCACCACAGCUCUGGGAAUCACCACCGCCGUCCCCGAGGCCCCCGCCAUAGAGAAGAUCAGCAUCAAGCUGAACAAACUGCACCAGGAGUACUCCCCACAGAAGAAAAUCGAGCUCCUGCUGAAGACCUGCAAGAUCAUUUACAACUCCAUGUCCAUCAGCUCUCCCAGGCGGGUCCACGGCGUUGAUGACUUCCUUCCUGUAAUGAUGGACGUUCUGGCAAGAUCCAAUCUGUACGCCCUUCAGCUGGAUGUCAUGAAUUACAUGAUGGAGCUGAUGGACCCAGCGUUAACUCUAGGAGAAGGCUCGUAUUAUCUGACCACCACUUACGGAACUCUGGAGCAUAUCAAGACCUUCAACCAGCAGAGGUCAGCGAUGCGGCAGCUGAGCAGAGAGAUUCAGGACUCCAUCCACCGCUGGGAGCGGCGGUGCACGCUCAACCAGGAGCGCGAGGCCCAGGGAUCUGUUUGGGACUUCCUGACAGUGUAUUGUCCUGAGAUCGGGGAAAACCCCAAAACUCUGGGUGUGUUCUCCUCAAUGACCAUUCAGCAGCUCUCUGAACAGUGUGUGGCGCGAUUUGAACAAGACUCCUACAUGCUCAGCGUCUACAUGGACAACAUCUACCAGCCCAUCAAACCGACAGAUUUGGCUCUCGGCGUGAAGAACAGCUGCCAACCGGGAGUCUACUGCUUCGUUUACCAUCCCAUUGGCCAAUCGAUCGUCCAGCCGGUCCGUACCUGCCCUGCCGCCCCCUCCGCCUCCUCCACCGCCUCCUCCACCGCCUCCACCUGCAGAAACCCUCCUCCCAGCCAAGGGCUUCUCACAGGACUGUACCAUGACUGA